CAGGCAGAUGUUGGGACUCUCUGCCUUGGAGCAGAGGGUGGGAAAAGGAGAGGACGGCUCUUCUUUGGAGGAUGAAGAGCAGAGAUCGGCAACUCUGGGCUUGAACUUUAGCACCCUCUUCCGCAGGAGUUUACAGCAAAAGAUCAUCGUAUGAGCGAGCCGUCCAGACAGGCGCACGGCUGGGGUGGAGGAGAAGCCUGCUACUUUCUCCAGUGAGGUUUUUAUGGGGUUCUUUGUAAAGAAAUAACACCAGCGAGAAAACACCAAGAAGUCAGGGAGCGUUUCAAGUGCUCGGGACACUCAGUGAGCGGCUCUGGAGCUGCUGUUAAUCACUGUGAGGAGCCCGUCCUGCCGUGCAGAUGUGUUUGAUUGGAGCGGCGCGAGGGUUAUUUUCUUUUGACUGAAGGCAACCCAGCCCCGGCGGAUUAAGCUCUUUGUGUGUGCCUGAGAGUGCCUUCAUGGGAGCUGCUCCUGCAAAACAGGCUGCAGGGGUUUUGGGGACCAUCCUCUAGGCCAGGGGGCUCUCCAAGAGGAGGGGGAGAUUUCCUGAUUCGUGGCUCUGAGACAAUGCCGGGACAGUAGCUCCCUUUGCGCAGCGUUCUCCAGGAUGGCAGUCUAUGCCCUCACGGGCUUCUCGCUCGUCAGCCUGCUCAGCUUUGGCUAUUUAUCUUGGGACUGGAUGAAGCCCAGUUUGGUGGCUGACGUGGCCACAGACCCCAUGGAGAAAUCGCUGCCUCCAGCCUUCACCAGGCCACCCCACAUCAUCUUCAUUCUGACUGACGACCAGGGCUACCACGACGUUGGGUAUCAUGGCUCAGAUAUCCACACACCAACGCUGGACAGGCUGGCAGCUGAGGGCGUUAAGCUGGAGAACUACUACAUCCAGCCCAUCUGCACCCCAUCGCGGAGCCAGCUGAUUACCGGCAGGUAUCAGAUCCACACAGGGCUGCAGCACUCUAUCAUCCGACCUCGGCAGCCCAACUGCCUACCCCUCGACCAGGUCACCCUGCCCCAGAAGCUGCAGGAAGCUGGCUACUCCACACACAUGGUGGGCAAGUGGCACCUUGGCUUCUACAAGAAGGAGUGCCUGCCCACCCGUCGAGGCUUUGACACCUUCCUGGGCUCCCUGACGGGCAAUGUGGACUACUACACCUAUGACAACUGUGAUGGGCCAGGUGUCUGUGGCUAUGACCUGCACGAAGGAGAGGAUGUGGCUUGGGACAAGAGUGGGAAGUACUCCACCUUCCUCUAUGCCCAACGUGUCAACAAGAUCCUAGCAUCCCACAGCCCCAAGGAGCCCAUCUUUAUCUACGUGGCCUUCCAAGCGGUCCACACACCUCUGCAGUCACCCAAGGAGUACAUCUACCGCUACCGCUCCAUGGGCAAUGUUGCGCGCCGCAAGUACGCUGCCAUGGUGACGUGCAUGGAUGAGGCGGUGAAGAACAUCACCUGGGCCCUCAAGAAGUAUGGUUAUUAUGACAACAGCGUGAUUGUGUUUUCCACUGACAAUGGCGGGCAGACGUUCUCUGGGGGAAGCAACUGGCCACUACGUGGCCGCAAAGGGACAUACUGGGAAGGGGGAGUCCGUGGUAUUGGUUUUGUCCAUAGUCCCCUCAUCAAGCACAAGCGGCGGACCAGCUGGGCACUGGUUCACAUCACAGACUGGUACCCCACUCUGGUCAGCCUGGCUAGGGGCAACCUGAGCAACGUUCCAGGCUUGGAUGGCUACAAUGUCUGGCCUGCCAUCAGCGAGGGCAAGGAAUCGCCACGAACCGAAAUCCUGCACAAUAUUGACCCCCUCUACAACCAUGCCAAGUAUGGCUCCUUGGAGGAUGGCUUUGGCAUCUGGAACACAGCUGUGCAAGCCUCCAUCCGGGUUGGGGAGUGGAAGCUCCUCACUGGUGACCCAGGGUACAGCGACUGGAUUCCCCCUCAGACCCUGACUAACUUCCCAGGGAGCUGGUGGAACUUGGAGCGUCUCACCGAUGGCCUGAGGAAGUCCAUGUGGCUCUUUAACAUCACCGCUGACCCCUACGAGCGCUAUGACCUCUCAGACCAGCGCCCAGAUGUGGUCAGGGCCCUCCUGAUGAGGUUGGUGCACUACAACCGGACGGCUAUCCCGGUGCGGUACCCUGCGGAAAACCCUCGGGCUCAUCCAGAUUUCAAUGGUGGUGCCUGGGGACCUUGGGCCAGCGAGGAUGACGCAGAGGAGUGGGAAGGUGGUGGGGAGCCCCUGAAGAGUAGAAACAAGAAGAAGAAGAAGUGCAAGAUUUGCAAGCUGCGAUCCUUCUUCCGCAAGCUGAACACCAGGCUCAUGUCCAAUCGCAUCUGAUGGGAGACUUGCCCAUUGACCCAGUCUGACCAGGGUGGAGCUCCAUGUGGCAGUACAGCAGGGGUGGGAAUGAGGCAGAGGGAUGGAUGGGGAGGAGGUCAGCACCCUCUUGCUUUCUCUUGCUCCAAGGUUCACCCCAAAACUGGCUUGACUGGUGGCCACACAGAGAUGGGCAAGAAAGGGCGGUGUGAGCUCAGCUGCACUGCUCAGUGGUGAUGUAUAAGUCCGCUGAGCUAGGCUGGAUGUUGCACAGCCCCUUCCAAAGUGAGUCCUUUUCUCAAGGACUCUGUAGGCAAUCACAAGCUUUAAGUGUUGGCCAUUGCAAUGGCAGGAGGAAGCACUGGACUUGGCAUUGCAGAGGGGCUGACCAGCAUCAGUGACUCUGUCUGCAGGUUGUCCCUUGUCAUUUCUCCAUGUAUACAUGCUCCUGGCUGCCAGGCAGCUGCCUUCUCCGCUCUUGCUCUGGGAACUCAAGAAUCUCCCACAAACCCAAGACCAUGGAGUUUUCCUGUUAUACUUCUUUGUGGAAGGAUGGAUUCCUCACCAUGGAUAUCAGCCACGAGAAUGCCAUGGUUGGACUCAGCAUUGCUGCUACAAGGACCUCAUGUGGGGCCACGACUUCUCCUCUCUACUGGCUUGGGGGCCAGGAGCAGUGCCGAUGAGGUGCUAUGGCUUACGGAGAAGCGGUUGGAUGCAGUCAGAGGACCGAUGGCUCUGCACAGCCCCACAUUCGGGAAAUAGGCUUGCCCCAAGCUCUGGUGGACUUCACAUGGGUCAGCCAUGCAGCAGAUCAUUUCAUCCACAGUUCUGCCUGGCCAGACCGCCCACGUGCAUGGCUGCAGGCACAAAUCCUAAGCAUCCAACCAGUCAACAGCCUACGGCUGCCCCUUCCCAGUGCUGGGACUGUCCCCAUCCCCACAUCCUCACUGCUGAACCUGAGGCAGAAGGAAGAUCUCAAGAAGGUCUCUGCAGAGGCUGAUGCGCUGCUCUGUAGCUGCAGGACUUUGAAGCUAUGGAAGGGAGGACUGUGACGGCUCCUGCCUGCCAGCGCCGCAACACUUCCCUCACUGCAGAUGAGCACCGCUCUCCCAGCAGUGCACGCGUUAGGGGGGAAACCACGUCCCCACCCUCGUGCCGUGGGGAGCCAGCCCAAGCGAUUGCCGGAGCCCAGGCGGCUUGGGAGCUGGGACAGCCAGCAAAGCGCUGUGCCCCCGCGCCUUGGCAGGGUGUGAGUGUGCGUAUGUGCGCUCCGAGGAGAGCUGGCGAGGAUGAAAGAGGGUAAAUAGCUUUAAAAGCACUUUGGAUGCAUGGUGCACUUCCAUUUACACAAUGUGUUUUACAUUUCUCCCCACAGGUUUCUCUUGGUGCAGCGUGUGUAGGCGAGGGCCCUGCUGUGAAUUUUGAAAAUAGUUAUUUUUGUCUCUGGAAAAUGAGGCCUGUUAGGACUUGUCAGCUUUUGGAUGAGCAGUGUGGGCUUUCUUUUUUUCCCCCCUCUCUCUCUCCCUUGGAAAAUAACAUUCAUUUAAAACCUGUCAUUGAAAGAUAUGACAAUUGGCAGCGUGCACGCUGAAUACCUUUCAGUGCGCUUUCAAGCCCUGUGUGUGAGAAAGGGACGGGGGGACGGGAAGAGAAUGCAGUGACACGUUUGUAUUUUUUUUUUUCUUACUCUUAGCUGGAUUAUUUGGGGGAAUUGGGAUUUUCUAUAGAAACAAAGAGAAAAAAAAAAAAUGAAGCUCACAGCAAGGCAGAAUCGAGGAGGCCUCUUGUAGAGAUGGGAAGGAGUUUGCAAAGCCAGAGAGUGGCAGUGUGCAAACCCAUCCCUGCUGCUCUGUGCAUGCCCAUCCCCGUGUCAUUCCAGCAGCCCCCCAUAUCCCUCUGGGGGCAGUGGCAUCAAGGACAAAUUUCAGAGGGGGACUUAGCUCUUCCAUCAGCCCCAUCUCCAUCAUCCCCAGCUCCCUUAGCGCAUUGUUCCAUGGGGACUGGUUCCCAUGGCAUCACCUCAGUCCAGGUGAGCUCCAGGAGGGUGCUGCACAUCCUUGAACUACCUCAACCAGCCAGUGCGGCCCCCCAGGACAUGAACUGCCGGAGUGCCCACCGGCAGCGGGGCUGCGGCACUAGCUGCUAUUUGGCAAAGCCAACCAGUUGCUGAAUAUAAAGCAACACUUUGCUGAAGAAGAGGAGGCUGCUGCAGGCUGAGCUGGAGGAAGGUGGAGA